AUGGGUGGCAAGAAAGCAGUUGGAGAGAACUCCAAAAAGGCUGCUGGCAACGCUCGCAAAGCCGACGCCGCAUCCCAGAAGAAGGCCGCCGAGGACCAGAAGAAAUCCGCCGAAGAAGAGAAGCAAUGGUCCAAGGGAUCAAAGAGCAAUGCUAAGAAGGAUGACGCUGAGGCCAAGAAAGCUGAGGCUGCUCGCAAGAAGGCCGAGCGUGAUGCUCAGAUGGCUGAAGAAGAAGCCGCUGCACCAUCCAAGCCCAAGGGUGCCGGAGCUAAGACCGCACAAAAGAAGAACCGUGGUUUGGAUCUGUCACAGCUUGACGACGAUCCCUCUAAGAAGGGCUCCUCCAUCAGUGCCUCUGGUAUCGAUAACGCGCUGGAUGCUCUAUCCCUGACGAGCAAGGACACUACGAAGGUUGAGCGCCACCCCGAGCGACGAUUCAAGGCCGCAUACGCUGCAUUCGAGGCCCGCAGACUCCCCGAGAUUGAGGAGGAAAACCCUGGUUUGCGACGACAGCAGCGUAUGGAUCUCUGCCGCAAGGAAUUCGAGAAGCACGAGGACAACCCCUUCAACCAAGUUCACGUUGCCAUCAAUGCCUCCAAGGAGGAGAUCGCUGCGGUCAGAGAACAGGAGCGGACCAAGACCGAGCGCAGACUUGCCAAAUAA